CGGGGCUGACCGCCGGGCGACCGGGAAGUCGGAAGGACGCGGGUGGGCAGGGGGCGACGGAUAGGACCCGGGGCACGGAGUUAGGGGCGCGCCGGCCACAGGUAGGGCCGCUUCCCGGAGCCCCAGGCCGGCGGCCCAGCGCACAAAGCGCCUUUGUUGUCCCUCGCGGCCGGUUCGGGCUGGUUGGAGCCGCCCGCGCGGAGAGGGCGGGCCGAGAGUUCCGGAUCCCCGCCUCGACUUGGUUUCCACCAGCCCGCAAGCAAGAGCAUGGCAGCCAUCCCCUCCAGCGGCUCGCUCGUGGCCACCCACGACUACUACCGGCGCCGCCUGGGCUCCACUUCCAGUAACAGCUCCUGUGGAAGUGCCGAGUACCCCGGGGAAGCCAUCCCCCACCACCCGGGUCUCCCCAAAGCAGACCCGGGACACUGGUGGGCUAGCUUCUUCUUCGGGAAGUCCACUCUCCCGUUCAUGGCCACAGUGCUGGAGUCCCCAGAGCACUCGGAGUCUGCCCAGGCCUCCACCAGCACGAUCACAUGUGACCUGGCUCGGGAAGCUGUGGGGAAGCAGCAGCCCAGCGGCCAGCCUGGCAAAACCAACUGCAGGCCACCGUCCUGAGUGACCACCACCAGCUGCCAGGCUUCCUUUCAAGGCGCUAGGCUCAUCAGAGCCCUCUUCCUCCCCUUGCCCUGUACCCUCCCUUCCCCACCUCUCCCCAAGACCAAGCAGGCUACAGUCAAGGGAAGCAGUUCACUUUUUAAUAUCAAAACAGCAAAACACCAAAAAGGAAGUUGAGAGAAUCCCACUCUCUGCUAUCCGAGCCACACGAACGCGCCUUCCUCACACCCCAUGACCCUGUGCCUUGCACCAAGUGGACAAUAAACUCCAGGAGUGAGCA